AUGGAGAAGAUGAGCCCGGACAAGAUCCAUGUUGGGAAGAUACUCCUCGCUGUCUUCGGUGCAGCAGUGGUGAUCACCUUAAUAGCCGUCCCAACAGCUAUAUUCCUCAAUGAAAAGAAGACAGAAGACCCCAAGAGGACCUUUACACUUCAUGACUACUUCAACAGCACCAUCAGAACCAGAUCCUACAACCUGCGCUGGCUUUCUGAUAACGAGUAUCUACAUAAGACACGAGAGGGCUCUGUUUUUCUCUUUAAUGUGUCCUCAGGGACUGGACAGGAGUUUCUGAGCCGUGAGCUGUUUGACUCCGUCAUGGCCAUAGAUUACAUGGUGUCAGCGGAUCACAAGUUUGUGUGUUUGCUGAAUAACUACAGAAAGGUCUGGAGACACUCAUAUACCGCGUCUUACCAAAUCUACAACCGCGAGAACGGGAGUUUCAUCACUACAGAUAUCCCGGAUAUGGUUCAGUACUUGGCUUGGGCUCCAACUGGCCACAGUCUGGCGUAUGUAUGGAAGAAUAAUGUUUAUGUAAAGUCCAGCCCCACUUCACCAUCAGAAGAAGUCACAGACAAGGGAGCUGAAAAUCUGCUCCUCAACGGCAUCCCUGACUGGGUGUAUGAGGAGGAGAUGUUUUCCACCAACCAUGCCAUGUGGUGGUCUCCAACAGGAAAAUACUUGGCCUUUGCCGAGUUUAACGACACAAAUGUACAAACCAUCGAAUACUCCUGGUAUGGAACAGGCCAGUACCCUGAAACAGUAUUCAUCCCGUAUCCCAAGGCAGGAACGCCAAACCCAACAGUGCGGCUUUUUGUAGUAGACGCAUCAAAUGUAUCCAGAAUUAUGGAAAUUAUUGUGCCAAGUCCUCUUGGCGCAGGAGAUCACUACUUGAGCACCGUGACAUGGGCCACAGAUGAGAGAAUCGCAGUCCAAUGGCAAAACCGGACUCAAAAUUAUGUGGUUCUGCAGAUGUACGAACUCGAUGGAGACUCCUGGAGAGAAAGCUCACCAAUAGUUUUGAGGAGCACUACAGGUUGGGUUGGUCGGUUCUCUCCGAGUGACCCAGUGUUUCGGCCUGAUGGUUCCAGCUGUUACUACAUUCUGAGCGACUCGAAAGGCUUCAAGCACCUUCAUCACAUCAGUGGAAACACUUACACACCCAUCACAUCUGGAGAAUGGGAGGUUACUGACAUCCUUAAAGUAACCAAAGAUACCAUAUACUACGUAAGUAAUCAGCACAACGGGCAUCCAGGGCAGAGAAAUGUUUACAGAAUCACUCUUGAUGGUGCUGAUUAUUCCCAACCCGUCUGUCUCACCUGUACACUGAUGGAGAACAGGUGUAAUUAUAACUCCGCCUCCUUCAGCACAGACGGUACCUACUACCGGAUGGACUGUUCAGGUCCUGGACUGCCUUUGUACACUUUAAGAGACACUCGAGGUGCUGGAUCAGAGGUCAGGGUCCUAGAGGACAAUAAGAAUUUAGGACUGAUUCUUCAAGAUAUCGCCAUGCCAGUGGUAACACAUGGCAAGCUGAAGAUUGGCGAGUUUGACCUCUGGUACCAGAUGACCUUGCCUCCUAACUUCGACAAGUCUAAAAAAUAUCCCCUUCUUAUUGAUGUCUACGCAGGUCCAUGCAGUCAGAAGUCAGACUCACGUUUCCGGAUCAGCUGGUCCACGUAUCUAGCCAGCACAGAGAACAUCAUUGUGGCUAGUUUUGAUGGCAGAGGCAGCGGGUAUCAAGGGGACAAGAUCAUGCACUCUAUUUACAAACGCCUCGGUACCUACGAAGUGGAGGACCAGAUCACCGCUGCCAGACGUUUCAUUGAUUUUGGCUACGUUGAUAAGAACAGAAUUGCAAUCUGGGGUUGGUCCUACGGUGGUUACGUCACCUCCAUGGUUCUCGGAGCAGGUAGCGGCGUUUUCAAGUGUGGCAUGGCUGUCGCACCAGUUUCAAAAUGGGAAUAUUAUGACUCCAUUUACACCGAGCGCUACAUGCUAACCCCGGCGGAAAACCUGGCCUUCUAUCAGAAUUCCACAGUGACGGGAAGAGCGAAGAAUUUCAGCUCAGUUCAGUACCUGCUGGUACACGGCACAGCUGACGAUAACGUUCACUUCCAACAAGCGGCGCAGAUCUCCAAAGCUCUCGUUGAUGAACAAGUGGAUUUUGAGUCAAUGUGGUACACCGAUGAGGAUCACAGCCUCGGAGGAUCAGCCAAUCAGCACGUCUAUACCCACAUGAGUCACUUCCUUAAAAGCUGCUUUGCAUAAGAUGAAGCUUAAAAUGUUGAAACAUCUUGACAUGAGUCAGUUCCUGGAAAUCUACUUCUCAUGAGACGUCUAUCUAAUCAAAACUGAUCUUUACUUGGAUUCUUACCCAGACUGCCUUUCCAAAAAUACAGCAGCCAGUAAAUUCCUCCUCUGCUCCUUAAUCCUGCAGGAAUGCUUGUGCUUCCUUGUACAGUUAAGGAACAUCUACGUCAGGGCAGUUCUGGAGUUUAAUGAUUGUUGCAACUCUUGUUUUUCUGUGAUUAAAUUAUACUUAUAAAAAUUAAGUUAAUAUCUGUAUGUACAACACAGUGGGAGUCUGAGUGACCUCAGAACAGUACAGUACAGAUCUGAGAAAGAGAAUUAUAGACUUUCACAAUUUCUAAGCAACUUAAUGUUGCAAGAUAAUUUAAAACCAAGACAUGUUUAUGAAAAGUAUGUGGAACAGUAGUCCAUGUAGAGCCUAAAGAUGUGGAAGGUUUGAGAUUCAUGUGCUACAGCCUGAUCAAGUGAUAAGGUGCUUAACAUUGCCCUGUUUUCAAUUUUUAAAAACUUGAAAGUUGCGUUUAAGUGCCUUGUCUAAGUAUCCACACUCCAUGAACAUUUUGAAGUUGGAAUUGAAAUGACUUGCCUUGUAUCUAGCUCCCUCCAUGCUGCUUCAAAUAUCCCCACAACUUGAUGCUGCCACCACUAUACUUCACCUGCAGCAAGGCCAGUAAGUCUUUAACUUGCAAUGCGUCUUCCAUCUGGACUAAACUGUUCUGCUCUUUAUUUUCUGAUCUUUAUUUUACCUCCCCAAACGACCACUUUACAUGUUUGUGUUGUUUGUGUAGAUUUAUACAUAUAAUUUCAAAACACUGAUCAGUUUAAGAAUUUACUAAUUGCAAUCCACAAUCCAUACUUAUUGAGAUUUUUGCCGUAUUGCUUUACUGUAUGGAUUAUUCAGCAUUUCUAGGACAUAUUUUGUGUAAAACAUCAGGAUAUAAAUUCUGUUUGCUGUCGAUAUAAUGUAAGAAAAUCAAAGCCAACUAAAUAUCUAUUUUUUAGUAGAGAAAAAGCUGGAGUAAGCAUCAGUGUGAAUGCGGGUCUGUGUAUUUUUACAGAAGAUCAACAUUGUACAUUUCUAAGUAAAAUUAUUUAUUAUAAAAUAUAUGUGUGUCAUUUUGCACAAAUAA